UUUUAGGAUCGGUAUCGGUGCAAUAGUGCGUUGAAUUUGGUAUUUCGGGAAUGUGUUGUGAUCGAUUGUUAGAAGUGAUGUGGUUGUUUUGAUAGUGAUUGUGUUAGUGACUUGAGAAUGGAUAUAUUUGUAGUUUAACCCACGCCGCCUAAGAAACCUCCCCGGAGAAACCUCUCAGUGUCCCCCACUCACGCCAACUCACCCUCCUCUGGGUAUAGCUAUGAGCUAAGAACCCACGCGAGGAGUCAGGACGACUUGGAUGAGAUACAGGGUGCCAAACAUUACCUCAAACACGGUCGAUCCGUCGACCAAUACGUUGACGGUAAACUCUCCUACCCCGAUUUCGAAGAGAACCACAACUCUCCCGCGUGGCCCCGUUCCCAACCCCCGGCCCAGCCUCAAGAACCGCUCUCAACCUGUAGCCAUCACUGCCAUGUAUGAAAACGUCGUCAUCAAAGAACAGAACCCUAGGAGAAAGCUAAGACGAAGCUUCGGACCACAGGACAACGAAAGAAUGGAAGACCGAGUCAGAAAGUACUCCAACCAAGACAGGUCCUCCCUAGAGAGUCUUUUAGACGACCAGUCGAUUAACAGUCCGAGCGACUGCGAGCGGUAUUACGAUGGGCCGCGGGUCGACAUCCCUCUAUCGCCAACGCACUACGAACAACCCCCUACGCCUGAUCAUCCCCCUCCUUCCGCAAGGCAAGCGGAGAACAGCAUACACGAAAGGAUCAGACCCCUAAGUCAGGAAUACAAGCGGCGCUCCAUGCUCCGUGAACUGCUACGAGACUGCCAGACAGACACGGAGCUACUCAGAGCCAUGUCUGUGGCGUCUGUGGCUAGCGGCGCGACCGACCGUAGCAACACCGACUGCGUUGAAGAAUACGUGUGCGACGUGCCUUUUGCAGGCCUCUUCAAAGGCUCCACAACCACCCUCGACGGCAUAGGGCUCCGGCCGAUGCCCGCCGAGCGACCAAAGACCCUGCGCAAGCUCAAGUCGGUCUACGACGCGUCGCCCACAGACCCUGUGGCCCUGGGCAAUGGCAGCAGCGUCAACGGCUGCGAGGAGGAGGUCCGCCGACGGAGCAACACGAACAGCUCGACGCAUAGCGGGGACAAGUCGCUGUCGAUACUUAGCCCGUUUGACGAGCAGGAGGAAUGGGCGAAGAUCUCCGAGAUAAUGGCGUCGUUUGGGAGCAAGCUAGUUCGGGAAUCUGUGUUUGUGUCCGAACUGGAGCAAGAAUUCACCUCCCGCCUCGGUCUCAGCUGUUCUGAGUCUAGUCUGAGUCCAUCUGUGGCCUCAAACUUGGGACUUUGGCUUUCUGGCUUGGGGCUACAUGACUAUGAACCACUUUUCUUGGAAAGCGGCUUCGAUGAUGUUGAUUUUGUGAACGGUAUCCUAGACGAGAACGACCUCCGAGAAAUGGGAAUAGAAGAGAGCGAUAGACAAAGAAUAUUAGAGUCAGCGAAACAAUUACCUCUUAAAAUAACUGAAAUAAGCAAUAAUUAUAAUAACAAUAAUAUAAGUAAAAACCAAAACGAAUCCGUAGAAGAAUGGUUAAGGAAUAUAAAUCUAGAGAUAUAUAGUGAUACGUUUAGGAAGCAUUUGUAUGUGGAUAUGGAUCGGGUGAGGAGGAUUUGGGAGGUGGAGCUGACAGCAGUGCUCGAGAUCCAGAAGGCGGGACAUAGGAAGAGGAUCUUGGCUUCGGUGUCGGGUGAACAGAAUGGGCCGGCGAAUCAUAUGGAGGAUUUGAAUGCUGAUCUCAAUUCAUUGAAAAACAACAUAAAGCAGCUAAAAGAAGACAUCAAAGAAAAGUUACCAAUCUCCGAAAACCUCAAAGCAGUGCCUCCACCAGUUGUUCCUUCACUAGCGCCACCUGGUGGCGAGACGUUAAAACGCAGCAAGAAGAACAGGCCAGCUCCUCAGCCGCCCAGACCUUCAGAUCUGGAGAUUAGGGCGCCUUCAGAACUAUUAGUGGGAGUGCCAGGGGCUCUGAAGACGCAGUGGAAGCAUCAGCCAUUUGUGCUGGUGACAGGUGCUGUCACUUAUGUGGCUAAUUACCUGGGGUCAACGGUGGUGAAAGAGCUCCGAGGAACGGAGUCAACCAAGAAAUCCAUACAGAAGCUAAAGAAGUCUACCAAAGAGCCCCGGGACUCCCCGGACAUCAUCCUGUCUAUCAGCUACAGGGGGGUCAAGUUUCUCAACACCAUCACGAGGGAUCUGAUAUGUGAGCACGAGAUCCGCAACAUCCACUGCGCGUGUCAAGACGCCGACGAUCUCACACACUUCGCGUACAUCACCAAGGACCACACCACCAAGAGCCACUACUGUCAUGUCUUCAGAGUUGCUACUAUGGACCAAGCGACAGAAGUUAUCCUGACCCUCGGUGAAGCGUUCGAGGUAGCGUACCAGAUGGCCCUCCGCGAGCAGUCGAACCGCGUCCGCGUCACCCAGUCGCAGGCCAAGACCCCAACCCACGACCCCAUGACCACCACCAACAAGGAGAAGCCCAUCCUCAACCACGGCAGAUCACAUUCCAUUACCGAGAUUAAACUCAACGGCCAUCAGCUCAAGAUUGCCCCCAUGCCUGCCUCCUUGUCCAACGAGGAUUUUCAGUCUUCGAGAAAUUCCGACGGCUCCAGGAGCCCAAGAACACCGCUUCUUAAAGCACCCAUAGCUUCCACUGAAGAGUUGUAAACAGUUUAAGGUUCAUGUUUAAAUGGCAUUUAAAAGCCGUUAGAAAUGGCUUCCAAAAGGCUUAAAUUUUGUAACGAGGUUAGUAUUUAAAGUAUUCAAAUUACUCGAAUUGUUAUCGGUCAUAAAUAUAGUGACACUGCGUGACAUUUUGCAGCAAUGAUAUAAUUUUUCCGGUCUUACGAGUCAAGACUGGUCGAUAAAAUUAUAAGAUUAUUGACUUUUUUGUAUUUCGAUUUCGACACUGCUUUUAUGAACCAUAAACAUUAUUAUAUUAUAUUAUGAAUAGUUAAAUAAACAAUUUUACUAUUGAAUAGUAAAAAUAGGGCUGUUGUAUUUAUAGUAGUUGUAAAUGUAUAUUAUUUGUUUAAUUUGCAAUUUGUGUGUGAAUGUUACGACUAUUAUUGCAAUUAGAAUUGAGCUAUAAUUAUGAUUAUUAAACAUAAUAUAGCGUGAUAAUUUUAAAAUUCUGAUUAAGCGCGCAUAAGAGUAUUAUUAUAACGCGUUUUUAAAUAAUUUAAAUUUUUGGGUAAGGCCUAAAAUAUACAUAUGGGCGUUAUAUUGUACCUUCUGUGCGUUACCAAGUUUUCGAUGUCGUGAGUAACAAUGUAAAUAUACUAUAAUUUAAGAUUUCAUAUAGACUUAUAUCGAAUUGUUGAUAUUACACAUCUUAUGACGAGAUCGGUGAAUACGCCUAAACACAUAGUACAUUAAACAUAUCAAACUUAUGUUAUAUUAUUACGAUUAUUCAAUUUAUUUUGAACACAUUAAUAGGGAACUGUGUUAUAUUUAAUUUAGAUAUAUAAUGUGUUCUGUGAACUUAUUUUAACCGAUUGUAUUAUAUUUGUACUAAGAAUAAAAUUAUGCAUUUCAAAAAUGUGUACGAAUCCUUCAUCAAAAACAACAGUUUUUUAUUAAUGUGUUUAAAUCGUAUUUAAAAAAGUUUUAAUAAUAUGAGCUUCCGAAGUUAAUUUUGCUCGUAAAUUAUAUAUAAUGUAAUUCGUUGUCUGCGUACAAUAAUCAUGUCUAAAAAACGACAAAAAAUAUUUUUUUUUUUUUUGGAAAAAAAAAUGUUUUCCUCAUAGGUGCAAACCGUUUGCUCAAAGCCUUUGGCGUUUCAAUUUUUGAAUGUAAUAUCAUUUUAGUAUUUAAUUGUUGUAUGACUUGGUAUUAUCAUAUUAUGUUGUGACAUUUGGCAUGUUAUUUAUUUCGAAUCUGAUCACUUAAGAGAUUUCAUGUGAUGUGAUAUAAAGAGUAAAAGUAUUCAAAUGAC